AUGGAGCUGCUGGGGGCUUUCGUGCGCCAGCCAGCGCUGAAGCACUACAGGGCCUACUGCAGCGGGGGCCUCAGCACUGUGGGGGGUUUGCUGCACUUCGGGGCCUCUGGAGGGCAGCAGAACUGCAUCCAGCCGCUGCAGCAGCAGCUGCGGGGGAAGGGGCUGGGGCCCGGGGCUGCAGCCUGCUGCCGGCGCCUGGCUGGGGAAGUGCUGCGGGGCCUCUUCAGCCCUCGACUUGCUGCACUUGACAAGGCCCUUUGCGGCUUUGCUGCAGCAGAGCAGGGGCCUCCUCCCCUGGGCAGGGGCCCCUGCAGCCUCCCCGGCAAAGAGGGCCCCUGCAGCGCGGGGGGGGCCCUCAUUGUCUGCAGCAGCAAAACUGCUGCCUGGUGCUUGGGCCUCUACCUCGCAGCUCGGGGCCUCGGAGAGGUGGAGUGCCUUUUGGCCAGGGGCGCCCCCUUUGCGGCCUUCAGCGCGGGCUGCAGCAACAGCCGCAGCAGCAGCAGCAGCAAAAGCGGCAGCGGGGCAGCGGCGGGGUUGGGGGCCUGGGAAGCUCGAAAGAGGCCCCCACUGAGGCUGCUUGUUGCAGCUAGUCCGCAGCUUGCGCUGUAUGCAGCUGGGAGCAGCAGCUACGGGCUGGUUUUGGUGCCGGAGGCCCCCCAGAAAGCGAGCGAGCUGCUGCAGGCUGCUGCCUGCUGCAGCAGCAAAGCGCGCACAUGCUUAGAGCCCUCCCCCCUCGUGCUGCUCUUUGCUGCUGAGGCCCCGCCCCUCGCGCCCAUCUCCAGCAGCAGCGAACCCCGCCCCGGGCCCAGCUCACAGAGAGCAGCUUCUGUGGGCUUCGAGCUGUACCCAGUGCUGCAACACAUCUCUCUGUUGCGGAGGCUUGCGGGGCCCCAGGGGGCACCCCUUGCUGCUGCUGCUGUGGGGCCCCCAGGGCCCCAAAAGCCCGGACUCCACGUGGCUGCAACGGGGGCCUUUGUGCCCUGCAGCAGGGCCUGGGCCCUACUGCAGCAAGUGCUGGCCCAAGGCUACAGAGAACCCGCCUGCAGCAGCUUUAGAGAAGCCCGAGGGUCUGCUGCUGAGGCCGUGUUCUUUCUGGGGCCCCUGCGGGCACGCAGGGGCCCCGGGGGCCCCCAGGCCCUCGAGCUGCCCCCACUAAAAGGGUUUAGGGAAACGCCAAUAAAGCCCGAAAAGCUGCAGCUGAAAGUUGCAGAGACGCAGAGGCCCCUGGACUGGAGAGAAGCCUGGGAGGGCCUCGCAGUGAAGGCCCUGCAGCGUUUGCAUGAGCUGGGGGUCCUCAGCGACAAUUUGCUGCUGCAGCCGGUUUCGCCCGAGCAGCAAGAAGGGGCCCCCAGGGGCCCCGCAGCAGCAACGGGAGAACGCGCUCCCUCCGGCGGAGAAAGAAUGUGGAGACAAAUUCCCCAGAGCCUCCUCGCGCCAGAGUCCCUGCGCAAAAUGCUGCAAGACCCUCAGUCGACUGAACACUCCGUCGACCUGUACAUACACCGCGUGUGGUGCACCCCGCUGACUUGGCCCGAACUGCAGCAGGAGCAGCAGACGCAGAGCAAGCUGCAGCAAGGAGAAGCAGCAGCAGUAGCAAAGAGUAGCCUUAUGACUGAGACAGACCUCCCCCUUCCCAACAGCCCUGUGUAUGACAGUGGGGGUCUGUUGGGUUACUGGGCGCCGUUCAGCAGCAAGCGAGCGCAGGCUGCUGCAAAUGCAGCAGGAGCUGCCGCAGGAGCUGCAGCAGCAGUGACGCCUGAAACAAAGGCAGCCGCAGCAAACUUGCUGUCCCAGCUGUUUCCAGAUAGACCCUUAUCAUCUGUGCUGCAGCCACUAGCGAUUCUCUUGCCGUCGCCUCUGCCGGAAGCUGUGGUGUUUCACGGAGUGCACCCUCUGGGCACUUGGCAGGGGCCCCCUGGCUUUGCCCAAGGGGAAGUAGGGGGCCCCCAAGAAGAGAGUGGCCCUGAGGAAGGGGGGUCCCCCGAGUUGAGCGACGCAGACAGCAUUUGUGAGGAGCCUGAGGCCCCAGGAGAAGAGGGCCUCAUGAGAAUUGAAAUAGAGCCCCCUGGGGAGAACAUGAAGUUAAAAGUCCCCAACGCAGAAGCCCUGAGAGCCCUCCUGGUGGGCCCAGCAAGAAUUUCAAAUUAA